UUCACCCAGUAUUGCAUUGAGUACGUCAUUAAUUAAUUGCAAACAGAAAUUGAACUUUAUUAAUAUGAUAAAAAUGCGUAAUCGCCAAUCAGAUAAGACAAUGAUAAUUAAAUUGCAGAAGAAGCUGAAGAAACACUCUUUUUAAUGAGGCAUUCGGUUCGCAAUAAACGCGCAUCUUGUCAUCACAAUAAACGAAAGGAAAUAAUUUGUCUUUUUUUCAAAAUUGAAAGAAAAUGAAAAAUUUUAUUUAACAAAAAUUUAAAUUUUAAAUAAGAUUUAAAUUUCGAAAUCGAAAAGGUUUUGUUUUCUAAGUUCUUCAAAAAGUGAUUCAAUCGAGAGCGACAAGAACGUCAUAGAAUUUUUUUUUAUUCCCUCCGAGAAUAUUUGUUUUAAUUGCGCGGUGAUUGGCGAUUAUAACAACGAACACUAGGUCACAAUCUCGUACCUGGGGAACGUGUCAGAAGCGGAAGAGAAGAAGAAAAAAAAAACAAAGUGAAAUAAAAAUACCUGACAAUAAUUUUCGGGGGGGAAUUUUUAUGACGAGAAGACGUCGUCACCACGAAGAAUUUGAAAUAAAAUUUCCAGGAAAAGGAUUUUAUAAUUUAUUGAUGUGUGAAACGCUAUAGUUAUGGAGAGUUUAUAAGGAGUAAAAACUAUGACACGAUUCAGAGAUACGUAAAGUGUAUAUAGUCUCUCACAUGGAGGGAGUUCACAACGUUUGUUUUGUCCUUGAUACAAACUUUUAGCUUGCUUUUAGCGUAUAAAGGAAGCCGAGGCCGUAAACGGAGGUCCAGAACGAAUCGAUCUACCAAGAGAGCAAUGCCAGCUAAUGAAGAGACCAUGGAAGAGUGUUUGUGUCAGGAAGUUGAUUGUAAUACCUUUGGGAAUACGACGAAAACAACAACAACAACGGGGAUGACUUGCAAUAAUUCCAAUGGUCCAAAGAAUUUUUUAAAAAAUUCACAAAACGGUACCAAGAGUUCUUCCACGGUCAGCACUUCGGUCAACGAUAAUGAACUCGCGGAAUCCCUUCGCAGUCUCCCAUCGAGGCGCGAGCACGAGAAAUUCAUUCGUGAUUCUGUCGAUUUAAUUCUCAACGAUGCUGUCUUCGAGGGUCUCUCGAGGAAGAGCAAAGUUGUCGAAUGGGUGGAACCAUUGGAUCUCAAAUCAAUAAUAAACUUCAAUCUCGCCGACGACGGUGUCUCACAGGACGAUCUUCUCAAACUCGCGAAAUCAGUGAUAAAAUACAGCGUAAAAACUGGACAUCCACAUUUUGUAAAUCAAUUAUUCUCCGGACUCGAUCCAUACGGUCUCGUUGGUCAAUGGCUGACAGACGCUCUAAAUCCUUCAAUUUACACCUACGAAGUAUCGCCCGUCUUCUCAUUAAUGGAAGAGGAAGUCCUCAAGGAAUUACGACGAAUUGUCGGCUGGAAAGAUGGCAAGGGCGAUGGCAUUUUUUGUCCCGGUGGUUCAAUGGCAAAUGGCUAUGCCAUUAGUCUCGCGAGACACAAUAAAUUUCCAAAAAUUAAAGAAACAGGCCUCUGUCAAUUGCCACGACUCAUUGUCUUUACUUCUGAGGAUGCACAUUAUUCAGUGAAAAAAUUAGCAUCAUUCAUGGGAAUUGGAAUGCAAAAUGUCUUCUCAGUGAAGGUUGAUUCACGUGGUAAAAUGUGCGUCAAAGAUUUGGAGAAACAAGUUCAACAAGUUCUUGAUGAGGGUGCAGUUCCUCUAAUGGUCUCAGCGACCGCUGGCACAACCGUUCUCGGCGCUUUUGAUCCUCUCUUGGAGAUCAAAAAGAUCUGCGAUAAAUAUCAAAUGUGGUUCCACGUCGAUGCCGCUUGGGGUGGAAGCGCCUUGAUGUCCAAAAAACAUCGUCACUUGCUGGAGGGAAUUCAGUUUACAGACUCCGUCACGUGGAAUCCCCAUAAAAUGUUAACAGCUCCUCAACAAUGUUCAACAUUCUUGACACGUCACGAAAAUUUGAUGCAAUCAGCACACGGCGCAAAGGCCACGUAUCUUUUUCAAAAAGACAAAUUUUACGACACAUCCUACGAUGUUGGCGACAAAAUAAUUCAAUGCGGUCGACGUGCUGAUGUCUUUAAAUUUUGGUUCAUGUGGAAGGCAAAGGGCACCGCAGGCUUUGAAAAACACGUGAAUCAUGUCUUCGCAUUGUCCCGCUAUUUCUUGGAGCUGAUAAGAAAUCGUAAUGGAUGGCAAUUAUUAAUGGAACCAGAGUGCACAAAUAUUUGCUUCCGCUAUAUUCCACCAUCCAAACGACAAAUGACCGGUGAACAAUUGAUGAAUGAAUUGCAUAAAAUUGCGCCGAUAAUAAAGGAAAGAAUGGUGAAACAAGGCUCGAUGCUCAUCACAUAUCAGCCUUUGAGACAAAAUAGAAAUUUCUUCAGACUCGUUCUGCAAAAUUCAGCAUUGACCCAGGAGGAUAUGCAAUAUUUCGUUGAGGAAAUUGAAAGGUUGUCUAGUGACCUUUAAUUACCUGUAGAAACUCUCCCGUCCCCCCAAAAAGAAAGUAAGAAUUAUUUUUCAAAAUGUAAAUAUAGAUUAGAAAAAAAGGAAAAUGCUCAAAAUUUAACUUUUUUCUUGUAAAAUUUAAUUAAUAUAAUCGAAAGCACAAUUAUCAACAAAGUGCUAUUUACAAAUCAACGACAUUUAACAGUAAAACGACAGUUAAAUUCGAACGACAAUUAUUUCGAUCAGUCGACAAAAUUCUCUUUGUAGUCAAAAGACCGGAAAAUUCUUUUUGCUUUUCAAACGUGUAUAUAAUAUUAUAUAUAUAAGUACAUUAAAAUUAUUAUUUGUCAGCAUUGAAA